AUGUCGCAACCUAGACCUCCACUCAAGCCUCACUUCUCCGCCGUUGACAUUGAAUCAUCCCCCUCAAGCGGCAGCAGCACAUCAUCGAUAGCAAAGGACAUGGUAGAUCGACAAAAGCUGGCCAGUCCUACUGCCCGUGAAUUCAAGGCCCCACCAGCUAUCAGCAGAAAGCAUGUGGUCCAGCAAAAUCUUCGGAAUGGAGGACUGGCGGGACUUUUCUGGACCACCGUCUGGGCACAUAUUGGACAUUUAUUCGUCGUCUUGUCUCUCGCCGAGAUGAGCAGCAUGGUCCCAUUGUCUGGUGGACAGUAUCGCUUUGUGACAGCAUUUGCUCCUUCGAAGAGCCAAAGACGCCUAUCAUAUUUCACCGGAUGGGUUUGCUCCAUUGGCUGGCAAGCGAGGUUCACUCUACACUGCUACAUUGUCACCAACUUGGUACAAUCACUCGUCCAUCCUGAUAUGGCGGCAACCAGAUGGCAGACACACCUUUACAUGGUUCUUGUCGCAGUCGUAAUGUCGGUUUUCAAUGCCUUCGCAGCAGGCCACCUCAGCAUUGCCGAAGGGCUGUUCGCGAUCUGUCACGUUUUCGUGUUGGUCCCCAUUCUUGUUUCUCUAUGGGUCCUGGCAUCUCCAAAGGAGAAGGCGAAACAUGUGUUCCUUACCUUCACCGACAACGGCGGACAGAAUAAAUGGCCUUCGAAGGCGCUUUCUGUUUGUGUGGGACAGCUUUCGAGCGUAUUCGUUCUCUUGGGGAGCGACGCCAUGUCUUACAUCGCAGAGGAGGUAGAGGACGCGGAGAUCAUUGUACCGCGAUGCGUGGUUUGGAGUUUCCUGUUCAACGCCCCGAUAACAUUAGGCCUCAUUGUGACAUUCUUGUUCAACCUUGGAUCCAUCACCGAUGCCCUUGACGAUGAACACGCCCUCACCUCAAUUUUCGACAGAAUGUUAGACGGUGAUCGAGGUGCCACCAUUGGAUUCACCUCAGGUAUGCUUGAUAAAUCUUAG